AUGAUGCAAUCUUACAUUCUAGCAAGGACUGUUCUUUUGUUGUGCCUCUUGUUUGAAACGAAUCAAGUUCUCAGUCAGACCAAAAAGUCAAAAGACCUUGACUUAAAUAAAACACCUCCUCCCGAAGAUGGCUUAGAGGAAGAAGUCAUACGUUCAUUACCUUCGAUUGAGAACACAAGUACGACAGCCAAUACAGGAAAAGAAGCUGAAGUAAAUCAAAAAAGAAAAAAGCGAAAGCGUAAGGCAGAAGUGGAUCCUAAUGAGAAAGUCGAACGUAAGCGAGCCUAUGCUCGUGAGAAGUCUAGAGAACGUCGGCAAGGUAUUCGAGAACGUAGGUUAGCAGGUACGUUGACUGAAGAAGAUAAAAGAUCAAUCGAGCUAGAAAAAUCAACAAAAAAGAAAUACAAUCAAAAGAACAAAGAAUACAUUGCAAGAUAUUAUUCGGAUUAUCGUCGUAGCCAUUUGAAAGAAUGCGCUGCCAAACUUAGAAGAUGGAGAAGUGCAAAUUCAAAAAAAGCAAGAGAAGCAUGUAAAUCUAAUCAAGAUGGAAAGCAAUAG